AUGUCGGAGGAAAUGGCGGUGGGUGAUAACGCAUCAAAUGAGGAGCAUAAAGUCGCCAGCGAAGAUGUUGGUUCGGAGGGAAUGGAUUCUGCUGACGCUACAGAAGUUCCAGCUGUGUUAACAACUGCUGAAACAGAAAUUAAACCAGAAAUAAAUGAGAAUGCCGAUGACUCGGAAUUGCAAGCAGAAAUGGAGAGUGAAGAAAAUCAAAUUGAUGAAUUUAAAGAAAUUCAAGACAAAAUGGAGGAAAUAGACCAAGAGACUCAUGAUGAAAAUGAUGAAGCUAGGGGUGUGAAGCGAAGACGCUCGACGGCAUUCAGUGACGAUGGAGAAGAGUUUAAAGGAUUUGAUCAGUGUGAACCGAGCGGCUUGGAGGAUUAUGGCAGAAUUGUUGAACGGCUCGAAGCUGAAGUGUUAGCAGCGGCUAAGACAUAUACUCCUGUCCGACGUGUGAUGGCAACACUUCAUAAAAGAAACGAUUCAGGUGGCUCUGCCAAGUGGUCGGAACAUCUCGAGGCUGAAGUUUCUGAAGUAGUGAGGAGCUUCUCUACCGAUGAUGACUCCAAGUUGAGAAAACGGACUGAAGGAUCAAGACCCUCGUCGGCUUUGUCAUCGAGAUCAGACGGUGAUGGCGGUGUGUCAACUGAUGCAUCAUCAUCACCAGCGGGUCGCAUCGGUCGUAGAGCUACAACUGAAAUGUCCUCCCCAUUACUAAGAGUUCCUCUUGAGAAGGGUUGGAAGAGGGAACUAGUGUACCGAGCAGCGGGGGCCUCCAGCGAUAACCCUAGACGAAACGCUGAUAUAUACUACUAUACACCUACCGGGAAGAAACUACGGUCUACUAGAGAGGUGUCUGAACAUUUAUCUGGAACAGGAUUGACAUUAGAAAACUUCUCCUUCUUCAAAGAACCGCUCGGGAUUGAUGAUCCUGAAAAAGAAAUUAUAAGGGAUGCGAAGAUCCAGCGUCGUGUUGAGUCUCCAGUACCAGCCGUCACUCCUACCUUAGAAUCCAAGAGAACUCCAAAGCCCAAACCUCCCAAAGGAUCAAGCCCCGAGCCCGGCAUGAAGUCACCUCCGGGGAAAUUGAAGGUGUCGCAGGUGAAGUCAAUGGGUUCGAGGCUGAGUAGCAACGGAGCUCCAACGAAACAAGUGAAGAAGAACACACAGCCACCAGUCACACUUGAUAACAACAACAUGGCUGCCUGGAAGAAACCUAGGGUGCAGCCGCGGACGGUGGCAGGGCAGCCAGGGACUGCGCAACCCGCGCCGCUAGCACAGAACACACAGUCUGUGCAGCCUGUGCAGUCUGUGCAGCCAGCACAGCACAUACAGCCGAUACACCCCGCCCCCGCGCCGACACACACACCGCUUCAAAUAUCCGCGCCACGGCCGCAACUCACACCGGACAGAGACGCCCCGCCGCCCUUACACCAUCAGAAUCGUCAAAGCCAGCAGCCGUGUUCCAUGACGUGUGGGUCGGGCGUGCCUUCACUAGCGUGUGAAGCCUGUCUUUGUCUGUAUCACCCUGCAUGUGUAGGGCUUCGUAUGCCGCAAGACACGUUCUUGUGUAAGAAUUGUCGUAAGACUUCAUCCCCACCGCUGGAACCUCCGCCCCUUACUCACAAGUCUGGUGUGACGUCACUUCCGGCCGGGGCUGGUCCCGGGGCUCCGUGCUCGUCCAACGCUAGACGCCUUCCGGUUCCCGUCCCAGUACCGGUUCCGAAAUCGAGAAAUGACAAGCGAGUGCUCUUGAGAAUGAAGGUGGCGGCCGGCGGUCCCGACGGCGAGCGCGUGUGGUCCGUGUCUAAGCCUGGAGCUCCUCCUCCUGCCCCGCCUCCCGCCCCGCCCCAAAUCACGCCCACACCCCCACCAUCCAAUCCCCCCACCACAUCUUGUCGCCCUACGUUACCACAGUCGUUGGUAGUUCUUAACGGCAGACGGUUCAUAGUAGUAGCUCGAGCUGUGCCUCAGUAG